AUGUCAAGUAGAAGCCAAAUGACAACCAAAUUUCUGCCAUGGGUCCAAAGGACCCAGAACAACACGUUAGGCUACACAGUCUUAGUCGUGGGAUCAUUUUGUUUUACCAGCCUUUUAACUUCAUUGUUCACUCACGUUAGACAUAAACGGCUAAAGUACAGAGAAUGGCUACCAUACGAUUAUUCAUCUAAUAUAUUAAUAUAUGGUCUUACAUACAUUCAACAAAUGUUAGGUGGAUAUUAUUGUGUUAUUGUAAAUGUUGCAAUAGAUACUCUCAUGUGCGGAUUUUUAAUGCAUAUAUGUUGUCAAAUUGAGAUCUUGGAAAAUCGCUUGAAGAAAAUUUUGAGCAAACAAAUUACUCUGGGUUACUGCAUACGUCAUCAUAAUCAAAUUUUCGAAUUCGCAGAGACAGUAAAUGUAAAAUUUACGAAAAUAAUCGGAUUUCAGUUUUUAUCAAGUACGAUGAUAAUGUGUUCAAAUUUGUAUCAAGUGGCUAAAGCAACUUUGAAUUCGGAUCAUAUUUCAUUAAUUAUGUUCACAUGUUGUAUGUUAACAGAGAUAUUCAUUUAUUGUUGGUUUGGAAACCAAGUUAAAUUAAAGAGUCUACAAUUGACAGACAGUAUUUUUCAAAUGAAUUGGCCAAUCUUGGAUAAUAAUGUCAAAAAAAGUUUAUUGUUAAUUAUGAAACGUGCAAUGACACCCAUUGAAAUUUCUACAGUAUAUAUUUUAACGAUGAAUUUGGAUUCUUUCGUAAUGGUCGGUAUAAAAUUUGUGGGAAAUAUUUUCAAAAAGUCAGCACCUUUAAAAACCAAUGAUCUUGACUUAUUUAUCAAGGUAAUGAUUUUGAAUAACCUUCAACAGGUUUCAGCUGCCACUCGUUAA